AUGUCAAAACGAGACAGAGACAAUUAUGACCCUAAUGUACGGCAAAAGCGUCUAUGUACUCGAACCAAUGUUGGGCCUGUUGAUCGUCUAUCUCGUUUAAGCAAUGAGCUACUCCUCCAUAUCCUCUCAUUUCUACCAGUCCCAUCUUUAAACGUGUGUCAAAGGUUGUCCCAUCGUUUCCAUGCCCUUGGUGGAGACUCCGAGCUAUGGAAAAGGCAAUAUUACUCGCAAUGGGUACGACCUCGUGCUCGCCGGCUUGCAAACUCCAGACGCAAAACUAUUCCAGUCAAGGCAGAUUAUUCACCUAAGGUUGCAACGUGGUUUGAUCAUGAGCACCUGUUACAGGAGGGCAAUUGGAAACGGCAGUACCGACUCCGGCAUAAUUGGUCCAAAGGUUUAUGUCGGUUGACUGAGAUUGAGUUCCUGCAACCGCCAUGCCCUCCUACGCUAGUCAAGUUCUGUGCUGGGGUUGUCUUCACGGUGGACUCGGACUACGGGCUCCGUGCUUGGGCCACAAGGGACUCGGCGCGUUGUCUAGCAAGUGUCGUUUUGUCACCAGAUGUGGCCCCAACCGCUCUGGCAGUGAGCCAUAUCCAAGACAAGAUUGAGAUCUCAGUUGGACUGGAAAAUGGCCACUUCAGUCUCUUCGUCUUGAAUCUUCGAACAUCGGAGCUAGAAUUGCAGUCCUCUCAUGUCGGCUCCUCUGAUGCUGCCAUAACAGCAAUGACUCUUUCAUCGCCGUACCUAAUGGUAGUAUCUCAGCACAAAGCUUUGACAUUAUACAAUCUGCGAUGUGACAGUCACCAGGUUUUGAGAGCCGCCGAUACCUCUAAGCCUAAGCCCCGUCAGCUUGCAUCUCUCAAAGCAGAUAAUAUCGUUCCACCCAUGACGCUGUCCCUCAGAGUUUCGCCCUUUGGCAUCGUUGCUACUAUUGUGUAUAGCUUCUUCCACAUUGGCUGUGGGUGGUCUUUGGGAAUUCAAGAAUUACGUCUAGGAACAGAUGGCCAACAACUUGAUUCGCGGUUGGCUACGACAGUGGAUGCCCAACAUGGCUUGAGACCAUUGCAAUUUGGAAAGAGGCGAUCUUUCGCAGCUGAGUCAGUUGACGAUCUAGAAUCCCCUAUUGCCCUCGGGGCACCAUCGAUUUUACACCAGAAGCCGCCAACCUCCAUGUCCUACUCCCAUCCAUAUUUGCUAACCUCACAUGCCGAUAACACGCUGUCGAUGUACCUUGUGGUAUCUACCACCGAGAGUUUAUUCGUCCAAGCUGGAAAGCGGCUUUGGGGCCAUACCUCUUCCGUAUCUGCUGUUCAAGUGACUAAUCGUGGGAAAGCUGUCUCGGUAAGCUCCCGAGGAGAUGAGAUUCGAAUUUGGGAGCUAGAGAUGGCACUAUCUUCUUUAGGCAACCGCAAAACUCUGAAAGACGAGAACAGUGUUCAGCUCAACCCCGGAAAUAAGCAGGCUGGGGAGUUGGACCAGGGGCUUGUGCCGGAUACGAUCUGCUGUAAUCCCAGCAUCCGACAAGAAAUGUCUCGAAUGCCAGGAUACAUCGGGUUUGACGACGAACGCGUACUUCUCCUUCGAGAAAAAAUCGGGGGCAUGCAGUUACUUGAGUGUUACGACUUCACCUAA